AUGGGAUCGUAGAAGGGACAGACAGGUGGCGUGGUGGACGAGAAUGCUGGCUAACAUCGGGUUGAAUAGACACUGCAGCGACUUGUGAUCCCAGCGAGUUCACGCUGAAGAAUGGGUAUAAUCUUCGAGCGAACAUGUAUAACCGACACACCGAGUUGCUGAUCGCCAUCACCUACUACAACGAAGACAAGACCCUCACCGCGCGAACCCUGCACGGUGCGAUGCAGAACAUUCGAGAUAUUGUCAACCUGAAGAAAUCCGAAUUCUGGAACAAGGGUGGUCCGGCAUGGCAAAAGAUCGUAGUGUGCUUGGUUUUCGAUGGAAUCGACCCGUGUGACCAGGGCACAUUAGAUAUCCUUGCCACCAUUGGUAUUUAUCAGGAUGGUAUCAUGAAGAGGGAUAUUGACGGACGUGAGACGGUUGCGCACAUUUUCGAAUACACCACCCAGCUCUCCGUCACCGCCAACCAGCAACUCAUUCGACCACACGACGACAGCGCUAGCACGCUUCCUCCGGUCCAGAUGAUGUUCUGCUUGAAACAAAAGAACAGCAAGAAGAUCAAUUCCCAUCGCUGGCUCUUCACCGCAUUCGGCCGCAUUCUCAAUCCGGAAAUCUGCAUCCUCCUCGACGCUGGUACCAAACCCGGCACCAAGUCCCUCCUGGCCCUCUGGGAAGCCUUCUACAACGACAAGGACCUCGGCGGCGCAUGCGGAGAAAUCCACGCCAUGUUGGGUCGCGGCUGGCGCAACCUGGUCAACCCGCUGGUGGCUGCCCAGAACUUCGAGUACAAGAUCUCGAACAUCCUCGACAAGCCGCUCGAGUCGUCGUUCGGCUACGUCAGCGUGCUGCCCGGCGCCUUCUCCGCGUACCGGUACCGCGCCAUCAUGGGCCGUCCGCUGGAUCAAUACUUCCACGGCGACCACACGCUCUCGAAGAUCUUAGGGAAGAAGGGGAUCGAGGGCAUGGGUAUCUUCAAGAAGAACAUGUUCUUGGCUGAGGAUCGGAUCCUGUGCUUCGAGCUGGUGGCCAAGGCGGGGUCGAAGUGGCAUCUUUCGUACGUCAAGGCCUCGAAGGGUGAGACGGAUGUGCCUGAAGGUGCGGCGGAGUUCAUCGGACAGCGACGUCGUUGGUUGAACGGAUCGUUCGCGGCGAGCAUUUACUCGCUCAUGCACUUUGGCCGGAUGUACAAGUCGGGCCAUAAUCUGAUCCGCAUGAUUUUCUUGCACAUCCAGCUUCUUUACAAUAUCGUCUCGGUCAUUCUCUCCUGGUUCAUGCUUGCAUCCUACUGGCUCACCACCGCGGUCAUCAUGGACCUCGUCGGCACUCCCUCGGACAAUAACCAACAGCAAGCCUGGCCGUUCGGCAACACCGUCACGCCCAUCUUCAACACGGUCCUCAAGUACAUCUAUCUCGCCUUCGUCCUGCAACAGUUCAUCCUCGCGCUCGGCAACCGUCCCAAAGGCUCCCGCAUCUCCUACAUGAUCUCCUUCGUCGUCUUCGCUCUCAUCCAGCUCUACAUCAUCGUCCUCUCCAUCUUCCUCGUCGUGCGCGCUCUCACCAAGUCCAAAGCCCCCGAAAUGGACGAUCUCGGCUCCUUCUUCUCCCAAGACUCCGCUGGCGUCAUCCUAAUCGCCCUCGCCGCCACCUUUGGCCUCUGGUUCCUCGCCAGCUUCCUUUACCUCGACCCCUGGCACAUGUUCACCUCCUUCCCGCAGGCCAUGCUGCUCAUGCCCUCGUACGUCAACAUCCUCAACGUCUACGCCUUUUCCAAUUGGCACGACGUUUCCUGGGGUACCAAGGGCGCCGACAAGGCCGACGCCCUCCCCUCCGCGAAAACCGAGAAGGGCGGCGACGGGAAGCAUCAAAUCAUCGAGGAAAUCGACCUGCCGCAGGCCGACAUCGACAGUCAGUUCGAGGCGACCGUCAAGCGCGCCCUCGCACCGUAUGUGGCGCCCCCAGAGGACACGGAGAAGACGCUCGAGGACGGGUACAAGAGCUUCCGCACGAAGUUGGUGACGAUAUGGAUUUUCUCGAACGCGACGUUAGCCGUGGUGAUCAUGAGCGACAACUUCGACAAGUUCGGGUUUACGGUAUGUUUUUUGCUUCCGUCCUAUUCCAUCCCCACUGGGGUGGUUCGAUGGCUCGUAUACUAAUGACUGCCAAUAGUCCGGUGCCUCCCAACGUACCGCCCGCUUCUUCCAGGCGCUGCUCUGGGCCACCGCUGGCCUGUCGAUCAUUCGCUUUAUCGGAUGCAUAGUCUUCUUGAGCAAGACCGGGUUGAUGUGCUGCUUUGCUCGGCGUUAAAUCCGCGGAAUCUAACGUCGAAC